AUGUCCUUUCCCGACUCAGGCUCGUAUUACACUUUUCAUCUCGACCCAGUCGCCUCCCUGCAGGACAUCGAGGACGAGGAAGUCAUCGAGGCCGCUCGUGAGAUACAGACGAACGUAUAUGUGGCCUGCACUAUUGGGAACGUUGGUGUCCCCCAACCCCCGCCGGCUUACGAAGUGGCAACCAUCUCUCUCGUCCAGAAAGGGCUCCCAGCUGACAACGCGGGAGACUUCUUCGAGUCUCGGAUGUGUGUUCCCAUUCGACCGAAUACCCAACACCCGGAGGGCCGCAGGCCGGCUUAUUGCUGCCACCCACUGCUUUGGGAUGGAUGCUAUCAUGCCGCGCGUACGGACGUACGCAUCAGAACGAAGAAUCGGCCUAUCAAUCCUCCUCACUCUCUGAGUCCUGCCGAACGUGUAGCACUCAGUUCUUUUCUCAGGGAUGAUGAGGAACGAAGAGAGUGCCUGCGCGACUGUGCAGCGAAAGGACUUCCUCCUCCUCCCGCUGCUCCUAGCGGCAUGGCGCUCGCUAGUGCUCAGGGCGCCGACAGAGAGAUUUCCGACGUUCCUUACUGGCAAAUCCUGGCCGCAGAGGAAGAGGCCGAGCGUCUUGCUUGGGGAGACGUCGACAGUGCGUAUUCCGAGUCCGAGGCCACUGGUUACUCGGGUGAGGGUGACGACGCGUCUUCGGCUGGCUCGUCGCAUACCGGUGGUGACGCAGAGGGUGGCGUCGCAAUGGACGCUCAAGCUGCCAACGCUAUUGCCGAGGUCGAGGACGACAUUCUCGCUGCCCUCACCUACCGCGCGGACCUGGGCAACACCUCGCCGGUCAUUGUACCGCUUUCCUACGACUUGAGCACCUUGCCCGCGCCUCCUUCGCCUACUGGAUUCAUGGAGGAGUUGAGCGCAAUCAGGAAGAUACGGUCGGACUACGAAGAACGCGUCCGACGGCUCAAAGAAGAGGUCCAGCGCCGCGACGACGAGUACAUGGCGAGCAUUCAGGCCCGCCGUACCGAAGAGCCUUCGGUACAGUCCAAGCGGCCGCUCCUCGGAGGUUUCGUGCCAUUCACAAACAAAGUGAAGGCGCGCCUGGGUGCCGACUCCUUCUUCCGUACUCUCAUCACUGCUGCAAACAUGUCUUUCCCUGAUAACGGCGCGUAUUAUACUUUCCAUCUGGACCCUGUCGCCUCCCUGCAGGAUAUCGAGGACGAGGAAGUCGCCGAGGCCGCUCGCAAGCUAUCACCCCAGGCUUAUGUAGCCUGCACGAUCAAGACCAUGGGCGCCCCCCAACUCCCCCCAGCGUACGAAGUCGCGACUAUCGCUCUCGUUCAGCAGGGCCUCCCGCCUGAUAGUCCUGGGGAAUUCCUUGAAUCGCGAAUGUGUGUUCCCAUUCGACCCAACACCCAACACCCAGACGGCCGUCGACCUGCUCACUGCUGCCAUCCGCUGCCUUGGGAUGACUGCUAUCAUGUCUCUUUGCACAGCACCCGCGUGCGAGUCAGGACCGACUGUCGAGACGAGGAUCCUCCUUACUCGCUGGGCUCUCCCGAGUGUGUGACGCUCAGGUAUAUGUUUCAAGACGAUGAGCAGCGCCGAGAACUCCUGCGCGAUUGUGCAGCAAAGGGCAUUUCACCACCGCCCCCUGCUCCUAGCGACAUGACGCUCGCCUGCAUUGACGGUGCAGACAGGGAGCGUUCAGAUACUCCUCACUGGCAGAUAUUGGCUGCUAGGCGGGCGGAGCGCCUCGCUAAACCUCCCCUCCCGCUGCACGUUGAGAUUGACGAAGAUUGGGACGCUGAGACCGACUACUCCGAUGCCAGUGACUACUCAGAAGGUGGGAGCGCCAACCUCGGCAACCCGCCACCUGCUUCUGGUCCGACCCAUACCGUGAAUGAGGCACACGAGGACGAAGCGACGAACACGCCGGUUCCGCUGGUCGACAACACCGCGGACGGCGACAACGAUCUACUCGCUCUCUUCACUCAACGCGCUGACUCAGGUGAUGUGUCCCCGGUUAUCGUGCCUCUUUCCUACGACCUGAGCACUCUCGCCGCACCGCCUUCGCCGACCGGGUUUAAGGAAGAGCUAAGCGCCAUCAGAAAGAUACGAGCGGAUUACGAGGAACGUAUGCGACGGCUGAAAGACGAGGUCCGCCGCCGCGACGACGAAUACUACACGGCAGCCAUCGAGGCGCGUCGUAAUGAGGCCCGUCCGACGCAAUUUAAAAGGUUGAUCCCCUCAAGUUUCGUGCCCCUCAUCGGCAGGAUGAAGGCUCGCUUCUGCUCUCUGCGCCACAUAUCUGCAUACUCUGCGAGGAAAUCAUUUUCGAAAGUGAAGCCGAAGAAGCUGGAAUUGCUGAUCUCCUCGUCUACUUGGAGGAAUUCGAGGAUGUGA